AUGGGACUUUCCUUACUUGAGAACCUUGCACUUAGAUAUGGGAAUCCAAUAAUCAUAUUGAACUUAAUAAAGACCCACGAGAAGAAGCCCCGUGAAUCUCUGCUCUGUGCAGAAUUUGCAAAGGCUAUUCAUUACAUUAACAAGAGCCUAUCUGAUGACAAGUGUCUAAAAUUUCUGCACAUGGAUCUGAGUAAUCUUUUUCGAAGGAAAGGCACCAAUGUGCUUGCACUGUUGAGCAAGGUGGCAACAGAUGUGUUGGAUCUAACUGAAUUCCUCCACUGUGAAAUAAGUACAUCAACAAAAUUUGAUGACAUCUCAAGGUAGUGAUAUUUUUUCCUUAAUAAUGCACAAGUUCAAGUUGCCAAGUGAUAGGAAAGUAAUAGUGAAGCUAAGUUCGUC